UGAAAAUGUUUAUUUUUCCUUCUUCAAGUAGUAUACUUGUUGUGGCGGCUUUGGACAACGGAUUAUGACUUUGCUGGGUUGAUUAUUCGGAUUUUCAUGCAGAUCUUUGGAAGACUUCUGCAACUCGAGCGGCUAUGGUGGACUUUGCUCAUUGCAUGGAUUAGGCUGUUCGUAUUGUUUUUGCGGUAGACACGAUUCUGUUGUAUGCAAGGUUGUCGACCCGCGGGUCGACCCACUUUGACCCUGGUCCGGUGAGAAGAACGGAUCGCACGCACCUGUCGGGUCGACCGCUACAAGGCCAGAAGUUGCAGAUGCCGGAUAGUUCAUUAAUUUCGUAAGGGUCGGAACGAGAACCGAUUCGACCCGGCCCGCCUUCUCCGCCAUCUCAAUCCGCUGGAUCAGCAUUCAUUUCCGGUCAAGCGAAAAAGAAGCGCAGAAAAAAAAUCUGAGCUAUCACAAUUCACAAGCAAAGCUUGGUUGCUCCAGCCAUGGCGGCCUGCUUGCGAGUGCUCCCGGCGGCUUUCUCCACGCCGUCUUCCGCUGCAAAUUCGUCUUCUCUCCGGAGGAGGAGCUUGAAUAUUGGUUGCUCAGCCACGGGUUCCAAGAACUCGGCUAGAAUCCCUAUGCCGCCGAUUAAUCCCAACGAUCCUUUCCUCGCGAAGCUCGCCGCCGCCGCCGCCAAUUCUCCUGAACCGCUCGACACUCGUCCUUCUAGCUCCGACUCGCCGCCGUACCUCGACCUCUUUGACUCGCCCAAACUCAUGGCGACUCCCGCUCAAGUGGAGAGGUCGGUUUCUUACAACGAGCACAGGCCAAGAAAGCCACCGCCGGACUUGCCUUCGUUGCUGCUUCACGGGAGAAUAGUCUAUAUCGGGAUGCCUUUGGUACCGGCAGUCACAGAGCUCGUAGUUGCAGAAUUGAUGUACUUGCAGUGGGUGGAUCCUAAAGAACCAAUCUAUAUGUACAUAAAUUCCACAGGGACUACUCGUGAUGAUGGUGAAACAGUUGGGAUGGAGACGGAAGGUUUUGCCAUCUAUGAUUCGAUGAUGCAAAUGAAAAAUGAGAUACACACGGUUGCUGUUGGUGCUGCAAUUGGUCAGGCUUGUCUUUUGCUUGCUGCAGGAACAAAGGGAAGACGUUUUAUGAUGCCACAUGCCAAAGCAAUGAUUCAACAGCCGAAAGUCCCAUCGUCAGGUUUGAUGCCUGCUAGUGAUGUUCUAAUCCGUGCAAAAGAGGCUAUAAGUAACAGAGACACUCUGGUUGAGCUUUUGGCCAAACACACAGAAAACUCCGUGGAGACCGUGGCUAAUGUGAUGAGAAGACCAUUCUACAUGGACGCCAAACGAGCCAAAGAAUUUGGUGUCAUUGACAAAAUUCUAUGGCGCGGACAGGAAAAGAUAAUGUCGGACAUUUUGCCUCCAGAGGAAUGGGACAAGUUGGCUGGCAUCAAAAUCCCAGAUCCCUUCUAGUUGCCGCAUUUCCGGUUCAAUUGUACUGGUUCUUGUUAUACUGUAAACAACUUCAAUUUUCUCAGCUUCCAUGGCCUCCAGAGCAUAUAAAAUCCUGGAGGUUUUAGCUCUCAAUAGAUGGCUACUAGUUUUCUGUCAGACUAGGGAAAGAAACAACACUUUGGUGAUGUGUAGCGCGUGGAAAUGAUAUCACUGGAUGGCCAUUGUUACUUAGAUUGAUAUGGCAGAUUCUUCUCUAAAUUUUGCGGUUGGUUAGUAAAGAAAAUAGCUAACAAGGCGAGUAACAAGCUCGUAACAAGUUAGUUGCGAGGGGCGUGAUUCAGUCGAAGGUCUGUAAGGUUUCAUGCACAUGUUGGGUGCUCGUUGUGAGAGUUGAUUCUCUCUCCUAGAAUUGUUAGCAGGAUCUGUAUUUGUGGGCUGUAUG